UUCAAUGUCACUUAGAGACAUGAAAUUUCAACUCUACCUUAAUGUGAAACACAAACCAAAGUUGGGACCUUGUUCACUAGUGAAACCAAGACAUACAAGAUGUGUACAAAGGGACUCUACAAAAUAGGUUGAAAACGAUGGAUUCGAUGAAAGUGCUCCUACUUUAGAAGAGGACUCCAAUUUUUGAACCUCAACUAUCUCCUCUCCUGCAUAUCUCAUGAGGAGGAGAGGUGUUUGGGGAUGGAAGGUAGAAAAUGAUGAUGGAUAGACGCUAGAAAACUAUCCAAUCCCCAAACACAUCCUCAAAUGGCACUUUGGCCCAAAAGAAAAAAACUCUUUGACGGUUUAACUUAAACACUAUGAUCGGUUGCCUCUCAUGUGAAAACCACAUUUUUUCCCCUUUAAAAUGGAUCACCUUUUUGCAAAGUUUUUUCCGAGUCUAAAAUUGAGAGAGAGUUCAACACAUAGUCUUGAUACCACUAGAUAACAAUAUCAAUGAACCAAUCAAAGAGGAAGUAGAGGUAACAAUUCUCAUGGACCGACAACCUUCAAAACUUUACACUAACCUGCCUAGAAUGCAUACCAUCACAACAUCCAAUCAAUUCAAAGCACAAUGAGUAGGUAUAUGCACAGGACAAGGUGUUUGAAAUCCUCAAACUUUUCUAAUUUACACUUGCACAUAUAGUCUAGGUUCCAUCACACACACAAUAUAGGCAAACAAUUAUUCAGUCAUCCACAAGUGCUUAAAACCCUCACAAUUUUGGAAUUUGGGAAUUCAUCUAAGCUCCAAGCAUUCGUAAGAUAGCCAAAUCAUUCAUUUGCCCCAUUCAUUCACACACUCACACAUCAUGGAACACCCCACACACACACACACACACACUUAAGCAUGACAUUGUCCUCAAUGGAGGAAAGAUAAAGAGGGCAGAAUGAAGUUACCGAGUUAAGUGUGAAGGAUGAUGGACGCGACCGGAAGACAGGUGAGACUCGGUCGGCCAGUCAACAAACAAACACCAUAGGUUCACAAAGGUUGAGUUAUUGAAGGGAAACGAAAUGCAAACAGAAAGGUUGGGUUGCCUCCCAACAAGCGCUUCUUUCACGUAAUGGGCAUGAUGGUUGUGCUCAAGUUUCUCUCCGGCUCAAAACCUCCUUGAAGUUGAGGUUCUCAUCAGUGAUGUGGAGUUGCAAGUCAUGAGCAUUUGAUGUGGUAAGUGAUGGUGAUGGCUCAUGUACUUGGUGAGAGUCGAGGCUCCACCCACGAGACCUCUUAUUCUUUCUUCUCUUUUCCCCAUACUAUAUUUGGCAUCAUGGAUUGACCACUAUCGUAUCCAUCAAGAGAGAGAAAUGAUGGUUUGGCAUUAGCUUGACAAAGAGCCACAAACGGGUCCUUCUCGAGAAGCACAUCAAGGUCUGGUGGAAAGCUUUGGUAACACUUGUAACUUUUAGAACUUCAUCCACCCCGACCUCGUCCAUUGAUCGGACACCACUUGUAUUCUCAAACUCCCUUCCUUCUUCCCAAAUUUUUUCCUCCCCUUGGGAACAAUCAAUGUCUUCCUCUUCUUCAAUGCUCGCUUCCUCCUCAAACCCUUAUAUCACCUUCCAUCCUUUUAUUCAAACACAAAUUGGAGGCAAGACGCCAUGCAAGGUCGUUGAAAGGGUCAUCUUGCUCCUCUGCCCUCAUAACUUGGUCUUCAAAUUUGGUAUUGGGAUGGGGAAGGGUGUGAAAUUCGUCAAUGAGACACUUUUGGUCAUACUCACUUCAGGAGCUCUCAAGGAUGAGAUCGUCUUACUCAAUAUGGUGUUCAAUCCCCUCUUCAAUGUCCUCCUUUUCAAAUGCUAAGAGACGAAGACGUGCACAAGAUUGCCCAAUGUAGCUUCAAAUAGGGAGGAGGGAGGGGUUGGUAAUCCAUGUUGGAGCAUGUUCUUUCAAAGUUCUCCAUGGAAAGCUCCAAUGAGUUACUUACCAUGAAGGUCUCCAUUGUUAACUCCAAUUCGGACUUCACUUUAGCCACUUUAGGUUGUGAGAGGAAGUCUUCUUUGUAUGGGGGAACUUCUUGAUACCCCCAUGAGUAUGGUUUUUCUUCUUAGAAGGGAGGUUGGUCAUAGAACCCGAAUCUUUGGCCAUGAAUCUACGGGGUAACCCCAUUUGAGUGUUGGGAUACCCCCCACAUAUUAGAGAAGCCAUUGGUAUCCAUGAUUCAACCUACAAAAACAAAAACACUAAAAAGAAAAUUAAACACAUAAACCACCCUUCAAAGCGAAGAGUGGGUUAACAAACACGAAACAAAAAUGGCUAUAAGUAACAAACCAAAGCCUUUUCUCGAUAACCUAGAAUCUUCCCUAGCAAUGGCGUGUCGACGCCAAAAACUUGACUCGCACUAACUACAACUUCCUAAUCGAAGGCCAAUCAUAACCAACAAUCGGGUGUAGCAUAGGAUAAGUAAAGUAAUAUAUUAUCAAAUCCAUGGGUCUCUAGAUGUAGCUUUACUUCAACUUGGGUUUGUUAUCUAGCCAAACAAGAACAGUGAUUAAGACUAACCUAUCUACACUAAUAUGACCACUACUCUACCUCACUACAAGGUGGUAGCUCACUUAGGCAUGAAUCCUCCUAAUUUCUUUAUUUGGUCGAUGUUGAGUAUGAGUACUACCCCAGAUUGAUUGACUCGAUACCUCUACCCCGGAGAAUUCUAUACUAGGUUGGACUUCCUAUUCAAGUUAUCCAACCAUGCCCAAUUAACUACUUGGAGUGGCAUACCGUACAACCGGCCUAGGCUAUUGAGGUGUUCACAACCAACUCUCACAAUUGGGCAAGACCCAAUACAUAGUGUGGAUCCUAUCACACUCAUUUAAAUACCCAUAGUAAAGAAUUGAAUGUGCUCUAUUCAACCCAGGGAGAUAUUCUCUCUCCUAGGUCAAAAACUCAAUUGAUAUGUAGUGGGAUCAAGACCCAUGCAAGUCAUCGUAAACAUAAACUUCAUAUGUCAUCGCAACACAUGAAAAGAUAAGAAAUAUUCAAGUUCAAAAUGUAGAAGUAGCCUGAACUAACUAUAUUGAUAAUUUGAAAACUUUGAAGGCUGCAAGUUUUACGAUUAGGCAAAGGUCAAUUGAUAAGUUAGCUCAAAGUAAAAUGACAUUAAAUUUGAUUCAACUUAUUUCUUAGCAUACUAGCUAUCAUCCUUCAUUCACAAACAUCGAUUGUGCAUAUAAUAGGCUGAAAAUUAAGAAGAGAAGUCCAUACAUUUCAAGUAAAUUUAUACUUUAAAUCCUCAAUCGAAGCCCUAAAUACAUGAUUCCACCUCCUAAAUUCAUCUAAAGAUCAGGGGUACUUACAAGGAUUGAUGAGAAGUGCAAAAAAAUGAAGGAAAGUCGAAGAAUGAAGAGAGCGAAGGAGCGGCGAUGUCGCGCCAGUUCGAGCUGUUGAGGCUUCUCCGGUGAGGUUUUUGGAAUUUUGAUGGUUGGGCUUUGUUUGUUUGGUGAUGGUUGAUGGUGAAAGUUUGAGUUUUGGAGAUAGAAUUGGUGAUUGAAAGUUGAAGGUUUUGGGAGAAAUCUGAAACCUAGAGAGAAGGGAGAGGAUUUUUUGGCUAAGAGAGACGCAGGAAGUGAAAAUUCGGGGGUUUGGGGUAUGGUGGCUGCUCGUUCUCCUCCUUGAUCUUAGAGUAGAACUUGGAAUAUAGCUUCUGAUAUGAU